UGCUCAGCGUGGAGCCCAACUCGGGGCUCAGUCUCACGACCCCAGAAUCAUGACCUGAGCCGAAAUCAAGAGUCGGACGCUUAACGCGCUGAGCCACCCAGGAGCCCCCUAAAGUCUGUUUUCUUUGUUAUUUAUGGUCUCGCUGAAAUCCCUGGUCAGUUAGAAAGAAUCAGGUUUCUAGACUGCCACAUUCUUGAAAUGAUCCGUUUGUCAACCCGAAAUUACCAGACAGGCAGAGAAAAAGACAGUAUGGCCUGUACACAGGGGACACUGCCCCCAGAGAAGACAAUAAAAGUGCCCACCCCCCCACCCUCCGUGUGGCCCCAACCGUCCCCUUACAGACUCAGUACAGUGUCGUGGGCCGUAUUCCCUGUGCCGUACUUCUCGUCCCGUGAGUUGCUUUUCAUAUUACCGGGGGUUUGUACCUCACUCCCCGUCCCCUGUUUUGUCAAUGCCCCCCCCCCCCCCACGGGCAACCACCGGUUUGUUCUCUGCAUUUAAGGAGUCUGUUUUUCUGUUUCUUUGUUCAUUUGUUUUGUCAGAUUCCAUGUAUAAGAGAAAUCACUUGGUGCUUGUCUGUCUCUGACUUGUUCCGCUUAGCACAAUACCUUCUGGCUCCUUCCGUGCCGUCACGAAUGGCAAGAUCUCAUUCUUUUCUGUGGCUGAUUAGUACCCCAUUGUGUGAACACACCACAUCUUCUCUGUUCAUCUCCUGAUGGACACCCGGGCUGCUUCCACACCCUGGCUGUCAUAAACAAUGCUGCUAUAAACAUGACGGAGCAUGUAGCUUUAGAAUUAGUGUUUUCAUUGCCUUCGGGUAAAUACCCAGAAGUGGAAUUACUUCUGUUUUGAAAUUUCUGUUUUAGACUUUUUUGAGGAACCUCCAUACUGUUUUCCACAGCGGCUGCACCAACUCACGUCCCCACCAACAGGGCCUGAGGGUCCCUUGGGGCCACAUCCUCGCCAACACGUGUCAUUUCUUGUCUUUUCGCUACUGGCCACUCUGACAGGUGUGAGGUGAUACCCCGUUUUGGUUUUGAUUCGCAUUUCGCUGGUGAUGAGUGAUGUCGAGCAUCUUUUCACGUGUCCGUUGGCCGUCUGGAUGUCUUCUUUGGAGAAAUGUGUGUUCAGGUCAUCUGUCCAUUUUUAACUUUUUAAAAUUAUGUUAUUAUUAUUAUUUUUAACAAUUUUAUUGUUAAGUAGUCUCCACGCCCAACUCCAGCUCACAACCCCGGGAUCGAGAGUCACACACUGUACUGAUGAAACCAGCCAGGUGCCCCCAUGUGUCCAUUUUUUUUUUUUUUUGGCAGAUAGAGUGUGUGCGCAAGUGAGGCAGGGGGGCAGAGGGAGAGGCAGAGGGAAUCGUAAGCAGGCGCCGUGCCCAGCACAGAACCUGAUCCCACGACCCUGGGAUCAUGAUCUGAACCAAAAUCGAGUUGGACGCUUAACUAACCGAACCACCCAGGCACCCCUCUAUUUUUCUUGCUGGAUUGUUUUUUGGUGUUGAGUUGUAUGGGUUUUUAAAACUAUUUUGGAUAUUAAUCCCUUAUCGGGCAUGUCAUUUGCAAAUAUCUUCUCCCAUUCAGUAGGUUGCAUUUUCAUUCUGUGGAUGGUUUCCUUUUUUGUGCCAAAGCUUUUUAGUUUGAUGUAGUCCCAGCUGUUUGCUUUUGCUUUUGUUGCCCCAAGACUUAAUUCAGCUCUUUCGACUAUGUGGCUAAUAAGCCCACGAAAAGAUCCUUGACAUCAUUAGUUAUCUGGGAAAUGCAAAUCCAGAUCACGGUGACAUACCGCUUCACACCCUAUGAGGCGUAAAGACUGCACGAUGACUAGAUUCCGAAAGUUAGACCACAGGAGAUGUUGGUGAGAAAGCAGUGAGUUUGGAACUCUUGCGAACUACUGGUGGGAACGUAAAAUGAUGCAGCUGCUUGGAAACGUUUGGCAGUUCUUAAAAAAGUUAGCCGUGAAAUUACAAUAUGACCCAGAAAUUUCCCCUCUAGGUACACACCCAAGAGAAUUAAAAAAAAAUGUAUGUUUACAGAAAGUCUUGCAUAGAAAUGUUCAUAGCGGUAGCAUUGAUAGUCGCCGAAAAAUGCAAACCACUAAAAUGUCCAUCGACUGACAAGUGAAUAAACAAAAUCCAUGCCUUAGAAUAUUAUUUAGCCACAAAAGAAAGGAACUACUGAUCCAUGCUACAAUACAGAACCUCCCCACGAGCAGGCUAAGCGAAAGAAGCCGGACACCAAAGACCACAUGCGGCAUGAUUCUAUUUGUAUGAAAUUCCCAGUAUAAGCAAAUCUACACAGACCAGUGGUGGAUUAGUUGUUGCCGUGGGUUACAGGAAGGGGGGGGGGAAUGGGCAGGGACUUCUGGUGGGUAGAGUGGUGUAUCGAAAUAUUUCAUUUUUUUUUUUGGAGGCAACUGCAAAUAGCAUUGUGUUUUUAAUUUUAGUUCGUGCAUGUUCCUUGUUAGUAUAUGGAAAUGGAUUCAUUCUGUGUGUGUGCUGAUCUUGUGUCCCGUAACCUUGCUGACUUCACUUGUUAGUUCUAGGAGAUUUGGGUAGAUUUUGUAGGAUUUUAUAUGUAAACAAAUCAUCUGCAUACAGGGAUGUUAUUAUCUUCUCCUUUGUAGUCUGGUGCUUUUAUUUCCUUUUCCUACCUUAUUGCAAUGGCUAGAAUUCACAUAACUCUGCUGACUAUGAGCUGGUGAGAGGGAACAUCCCUGCCUCAUUCCCAGGUUUAGUGAGAAAACAUUCAGUCUUGCACCGUUGAGUACGAUGUUAGCCACAGGAAUUUUGUAGAUGCUCUUGAUCAAGUUAAGGUAAUUCCCCUCUAUUUCUAUUUUCCUGGGAGUUUUUCAUUUCUUUCUUUUCUUUCUUUUUUUUUCAUCAUGAAUGGGUGUUGGACUUUGUAUAAUGUUUUUUUCUGUGUCAACUGAUAUGGGCAUCUGACUGUUCUUUAAUUUCCUGCUAUGGCAGGUGCAUCAAACGAUUUUCACAUGUUGAACCAGCUUUGCAUGCUGUAAGUGCUGUUAUUGAAAGCACAUCUAACGUCUCUCUCCUUUUUAGACUUUUUAUUUCUGCCAGAUUGCACUAAUGGACCUAAUGCAAGAGGGGGAAGUUUAGAGAAAGCACCUUCUGGAUCUUCUAGGGAAAGGGGAGGGAGAGAAAAAGAGGAGAAAGGGAAGAUAAAGCAUAGGGACGCAGAGGUUGUGUGCGUGCAGCUCUGGCUUCAGGCAAUACCAGAGGCCGUUCUGACUCUGAGCUGCCUCAGUUCAGCUGAGCCAGAGCUCAGAGGAGGUCGUCCCUGGGCCCAGAGGCAGGUGGCGUGGUGACAAAAGCAGCAGGUGCUGGGUCUCGCGUACUGACCCACAUGUGUCAGCUCUGCGGUAUUAGGCAGCUCGCUCCACCGAUCUGUGCCUCUGUUUCUGCACACCAAGAACAAGGACCAUAAUUGUGCUUUCUGCACAGACCACUGCAAGGACCGAAUGAACACCAACACAGUGCCCGGCACGUGGAAACGCCCUGAUGUUGUCACAAUCACGGACUGGCUGGCCCCAGUCAUAUGGGAAGGCACCUUCAAUAGACAGGUCCUGGGGAGAUAUUACGGGAGACAGAACCUCACCAUAGGCUUGGCUGUCCUUGCCACUGGCAGGACUGCGGACCAGUACCUGGAGAUGUUCAUGCGAUCAGCGAAUAAGCACUUCAUGAGCGGCUACAGAGUUGUCUUUUACAUCAUGGUGGACGCCUUGUCCAGGCUGCCGGACCUGGAGCCAGAUCCUCUCCGAACUUUCAAGGUCCUCCCCAUCAAAGGAGACCGGUGGGGUGACUUUCACCUCACACACAUGAGUUCCCUGGCUGAGCACAUACUAGGGCACAUUGAGGACGAAGUCGACUUUCUGUUCAGCAUGACCGUCAACAGGGUCUUCCAGAACGACUUUGGGGUGGAGACCCUGGGCGCGUCCGUGGCUCAGCUCCAUGCCUGGUGGUAUUUUAAAAACAAGGACAUCCCUUAUGAGAGGAGGCCCAAAUCGGCAGCGUGCAUCCCGUUUGGGCAGGGGGACUUCUACUAUGACGGCUCGGUCAUCGGUGGCAGGCCCCUGGAGGUCUUAACCCUCAUCGAAGGUUACCUGCAAGGGGUCACUCACGACCACAAGAAUGGGCUGAAUAGCACCUACGAGAGGCACCUGAACAAGUAUUUUUUCACGCACAAGCCCACCAAGCUGCUGUCUCCCGAAUACAGCUGGAACACGGCACUCCGGCCCCCCGCGCAGGUCUGGUCGGUCAAGGCCACACGGCUCUCCCGCUGGUACUUCUGACCUGCCGGCUCCUGCGAACGCCCGGCGGCAGGUUCCCGGGGUCACGGGCGUCCUGACGCUUUCCUGGCUUCCGGGGUUGGCGUGUGCACACCACCCAAGGGAAAUGUUUCUCCUUGCCGUUUGGAACUGUCCAGUUUGGUCCGUGCAGGAUAAAGAAUAAAAAUGAUUAUUUAAUGUCUACUCA